AUGAACAAUUGCAUAGCAAAAGCAACACCAAAUGUGUGUCAUAGUACCGGUAACCUGUGCAAAGCUGAAAUGGAUAAUGUCACUAGUUGGGUUUACGAUAAGACUCAGGGAUUAUUUAUAACUGAUGAUUAUCUACAUCAAGCUUCCACACUCUCCCCUCUCUCCGAUAGCCAUCCGUUCAAACAGAAGGAUCUGGAUUCUCCUGAAUUGAGUUUAUUAAACUAUGAGAAAAGCCUAUGGAUUAUUCCUGAGCCUUGCCGUGUUUUUAUCAACGUUCCAGUGGUUAAGCACACCAGAGGUGAAGAAUGUAUCGGAAAGUCGGUGAUCACUGGGAAAUCAUAUAACUUUACAUCUAACAAUUUCAUAUCUGGGUCUCGCCACCCCGCCACCAGGAGUUACUAA